AUCUUAGAGUUGCAGGAAUUGUGCCAGAAGAACAUAUGGCCUUUGCCAAGGUACUUUGCAAUAAAAGACGUCCCAGAUCACAGUCCUCGCUUCAAGGCCAUUGUUUCCAUUGAUGAGGCUUCUCCUUCUUGCAACUCCAUCAAACAAGCUCAAAAUGAAGCUGCCAAAUUGCCUUCCGCCACUUUACUUCACCACAUUCGAGAUGAAUCUGUACUUGGGUUUAAAAGAAUUUGUUGCAUGAGCUACUUCAGAGAGAAAGGCUCCCCUGCUAGUUUACAACACUAUGAAGACUGAUCCUUCACAUCUUCCUGCCUUCUUUUCCUCCGUGGAAGUGGGUGUAGAGAAAUUCCAAGGUAAAGCAAGGAAGUCCAAUAAGGAAGCCAAGAUGAAUGCAGCUAAAGUUUCCUACACCACUUUGAAACUCCUUCCAACAAAUCUCUU